AAAAAUGGGUUUCCAGGGAAUACUCAGUCUCUGUUUAGGGAUUGCUGUUUUUGGAGGUCUGGGAGGGGCAAAUCCCUUGGGAACAGACUUCAUCACCACAUUUUUACAGAAUGCUUUCACAAGUUAUACGCAACCAAAGCAGGAGCUCCGUAUAACAAGCCACCAUGACAACACUUCUGUUUUCAUCAAUUCCUCUGAUGGUGGAUUCAGCAGAAAUCUCGUCAUAAAUAGUCGCCGGACCGUAUCUAUCCAGCUUUUUCCCUCUGUGGAGAUAAGGGGCAGUGUGACUUUCAGCAAUACCGUCCGUAUCACUUCUAACAAACCAAUCAAUGUCCUUACCCUUAACUAUAGGUCAUACAGUGGAGAAACAUCCAUUGUCUACCCUCUCGCUACCCUUGGAACUGAAUACUAUUUAAUGACACCGAAAGAUGGUCAUUUGGGGUCUCAAAAAGUCUUUUCAGUGUUGGCCUCUAAGGAAGAAACAUCUGUUGCAAUCCACCUGAAAGGAGGUUUAACUUACCAAAACAAGAAUUAUGAACCUAACAGCGUAUUUACUGUUGUUCUAAAGCCCUUCCAAGGGAUUCAGCUACUCAGUUCAGAUGAUCUGUCUGGAUCCCGAGUGACAUCUCAGAAGCCAGUGGCUGUGUUGUGUGGACAUACUUGUGCCAAAAUGAAUUCUCAGUGUAGUCUUGUCUAUGAACAACUCUUACCUGUUUCUCGUUGGGGAACUGCAUUUUUUGUCGUUCCUCUUAGUUUUCAGGUAAAAACAGACUUAGUGUUUGUGACUGCAGCGGGGCCUACACAAAUGACCUAUGCUCAAGGUGCCUCUGAAAAUAAAAUAGACCUGGUGGCUGGUCAAGUGAUACAAAUUGAGAUAUCAAAUGUUGCUCUUAGACUUACAGCGAGUGCCGGUGUCCAGGUCACCUUUUUCUUCAAAGGUGGGCGGGUUCAAAGGUCUAACUAUAGCCCAAUGCUCAUGAAUAUCAUGGACAUCCAGAGUUACUGCUCUUCCUAUUUUAUUUAUGGCCAAAGUGACACUGAUAAUUAUGCCAUUGUAAUAGCAAAGAAAACUUCAGUUCAUGGAAUCCUGUUCGAUGGGGAAUCCCCAAACGUUUUACAGUAUAAUCCAAUACAGGGAACAGACUAUGUGUGGUAUGAGUAUUAUUAUGGAAACGCGUUAACGUCUCGUUCAGUACUACAUUCCAAUGUGUCAUUUGGUCUUCAAAGUGUGGGAAUCGGAUCCUUUUUCAGUUAUGGCUCACCGGGCACCUGUGUGAAAGCUCCAGAAUUCCUAUCCACAACUGUACCACCAACCACAACCCCAGCACUUCCUUCUUGCAGCUCCAUCACUUGCCCCCUGCGACAAGAAUGUAUCAUGGAGAGAGGGCUUCCAAAAUGUGUCGCGCUGAAAGUGAAUUUAUGUUCGGCAUCUGGAGACCCCCAUUACCGUACUUUUGAUGGGGCAUAUUACGACUUCAUGGGCACUUGUACAUAUACACUGGUUACUGUGUGUGGAAAAGUUGGGAGUGCUCUCCCAAAGUUCACAGUUCUGACCAAAAAUGAGAAUCGUGGAAAUGUGCGUGUCUCCUACGUGGGUCAGGUCACCUUUCUAGUAGAUGACCAUGUGAUUGAUGUGAAGAAAUCAGAGACUGGCUACGUGAGGGUGGAUAAGUCUCGAUCUUUACUUCCGGUGUCUUUAAUUAAUGGAACUCUGAGAAUAUUCCAGAGUGGGAACACAGCAGUGAUCCAAUAUGGGAAUGACAUCCAGGUGUCCUAUGACUGGAACCAUGUUGUGAUUGUUGAGCUCAGCCUGCGAUAUGCCAAAGCUGUGUGUGGAAUGUGUGGGAACUACAACCAAAAUCGAUCAGAUGAAUUUCAAACUCCAGCCGGAUCUCAAACAAAUAGUGUCGUUGAAUUUGGAAAGAGCUGGAAGGUAGAAGACAACACAACUUGCUGGGAUGAUUGUCAUGGUCCAUGCCUCAGUUGCCCACCAAAUAUUGCACAAAAGUACACCACUGACGAAUACUGUGGACUCAUAGGAAAAGCUGAUGGACCCUUCAGCAAAUGUCAUUCAACUGUCGAUCCAAAAAUGUAUUUGGAAAACUGUGUAUAUGAUGUGUGCUUCAAUGAUGGAUACAAACAGUUUUCAUGCCGAGCUCUGAAAGCCUACGCAGAUACAUGCCAAAGGCAGGGUGUUAAUAUCAGUCAGUGGAGAGAGGCAGCUGGAUGCCCUUUGUCCUGCCCCAGUAACAGCAAAUACAAUUUCUGUGGAAGAGCAUGCCCUGCCACAUGUCAGGACCCAGAUGCAUCACUGUUAUGCACCGCCCCAUGUAUAGAGGCUUGUGAGUGCAACCCAGGCUAUGUUUUGAUAGAGGGAAAGUGCUUGCCUGUAGAAAGUUGCGGCUGCUUUUUUGAAGGACGAUCCUAUUCUGCCAAUGAGACAUUCUGGAGAGACACAAAAUGCCAGAUGAAGUGCACUUGCAAUGGGAGGAACCAAAGAGUAUUAUGCAAGGAGACCUCUUGUAGAUUAGGUGAAGAGUGCACUGUAAAAGAUGGCCUACGAGACUGUUAUCCAACUUCAUUUGGCACUUGCACCGCUUCUGGAGAUCCUCACUACUUUACAUUUGAUGGACUACAAUAUGAUUUCCAAGGGACCUGCCAAUACCAACUUUCAGCAUUAUGUGACCAUAGCCGUGGUCUUACUGAUUUCCAGGUCAAUGUUGAGAACCAGAACAGAGGAGACUUUAGCGUUUCCUAUGCUUCAAAUGUUUAUGUCAAGGUUUAUGGUACAGAAAUUCAAAUCAGAAUGCAACAACCUCACCAAGUCAUGAUUGAUGGUUCUCUGAAACAUCUUCUAUACAGUUCUACAGAUGGCCGUAUCUCUUUGUAUCAGAACCCCAGUUCAGCUGUGCUGAGCACUGACUUUGGGCUCACUGUUACCUAUGAUUGGUACAGUGUUGUAACUGUCUCUGUUCCAGGCACAUAUAGUGGGGCGGUCUGUGGCCUUUGUGGCAAUUUCAAUAAAGAUACAAAAGAUGAUUUGACCUCAAGAAAUGGAUCAGUUUCAAAGUCAGCAAUUGCCAUUGCUCAGACCUGGAAAGUUGGAGGAACAGCUGGUUGCAGUGAAGGUGGCAAUCCAAUUUGUGUUGGGUUAGAAGAACUGCAGAAGAAACAGAGAAAUGGAAACACUGAAUGUGGUGUUUUACUAGGACGUAAAGGUCCUUUUCGUGACUGCCACAGACUGGUGAAUCCAGAACCAUACUUUGAAAGUUGUGUUUAUGACUAUUGUAUUCUACAAAGCCGUCAAACUGUCUUCUGCUCAGUUUUGUCAUCCUAUGCCCAAGCGUGCCAGUCAGCUGGAGGCACUGUCUACCCAUGGAGGAAUGAAUAUUUCUGUAGUUAUCUCUGUCCUGCAAACAGUCAUUAUGAAGUGUGUGGUAAUGCCUGUCCUGUGACUUGUAAAGAUCUGAUUUCUCCAGUUGGCUGCAAGUCCACUUGUAGAGAAGGAUGUGUCUGUGAUGCUGGGUUUGUCCUUAGUGGUGGUUCAUGUGUCCCCAUCUCCCAAUGCGGUUGUGUUUAUGGAGGUUUUUACCAUCCUGUUGGAGAGAAUAUCUACACUGGGGAGAAAUGUGAACAGAGAUGUACCUGCAGCCAAGGUGGACAUAUGAUUUGUUCCCCAUCAUCUUGUUCGAUCAAUGAAGAAUGUCGUCGAGAAAAUGGUGUGCUUGGUUGUUAUCCUGUAGGGUCAGCCAUCUGCUCUGCUUCUGGAGACCCUCAUUACAGGACCUUUGAUGGACGAGCCUAUGACUUCCAAGGAGUGUGCCACUAUGUUCUGGCUCAGAGCUGUGGAGGAAAUGUUUCUGAAACUGAAAGAAAUUUAACUGAAUUUGUAGUUAUUACGAAAAAUGAUCAUUUUGGCAUAAGUGCAUCAGUAGUCAGCCUUGUAACAGUGAAGGUCUAUGGCCAAACACUUACCCUCAAACAAAAUCAAGGAGGAGUUGUACAAGUAAAUGGAGCUGAUGCCAAUCUGCCAGUCACUUUAUUGUCGGGUAAAAUUCUUGUUCAUUUCUAUGGUCAAGGCGCUCUCAUAAUGACAGAUUUUGGCCUUGUUGUGACAUAUGAUCUUUCUUACCACACCACCGUCACGGUUCCGGGCAACUAUAGAAACCAAACAUGUGGUCUGUGUGGAAAUUACGAUGGCAACCCCAGGAAUGAUGUUGGUCUAACAUCAAAUGAUAUUAUUGCAUUUGGAGAGAGGUGGAAAACAGAAGAGAACUGUGAAGCCGGCUGUGGCAGUGUGGAGAACCCUUGCCCAACAUGCCCAGGAGCAGAGAUGAAAGUAUUUUCUCAAAACAAUUAUUGUGGAAUCCUUAAUUCCUCCACAGGACCUUUUGCCCAAUGUCAUUCUGUUGUGGACCCUGCACCCUUCCUAAAAGACUGUAUAUUUGACUUGUGCCAAGCAAAUGGGGAUACCGUCAUGCUUUGUAACAAUGUUGCUGUUUAUGCUGCCGCUUGUAAGGAAGCUGGAGUCAGAAAUAUAACAUGGAGGACAGAAUCAUUUUGUGCUAUGAAGUGCUCGGCACACAGUCACUACAGCCCAUGUGCCGAUCUCUGCUCCUCCAGUUGUGCGUCUCUCUCUGGCUCAUACCACUGCCCCAGUCUUUGUGAGGAAGGAUGUGAAUGUGAUAGAGGAUAUUUAUUUGAUGGCACUCGCUGUGUCCCAUUGCAAGAGUGUGGAUGCUAUCAGAAUGGAAGAUAUUACAAGCCAAAUGAAACCGUGUUUAAUGAGAACUGCAGUUCUGCUUGUACGUGCAACCCAAUGUCAGGUCUGCUUUGCCGUAACACUUCCUGUAAUGAAGAGGAGAGUUGUCAGAUUGUGGGUGGAGUAAGAGCCUGCAUCAAUAUUGUACCAUCAGCCACAACCCCAGCACUCCCUUCUUGCAGUUCCAUUACUUGCCCCCCACGACAAGAAUGUAUCAUGGAAAGAGGAGGACCGAAAUGUGUCCCAAUAAAAGUGAAUAUAUGUUUGGCAUCUGGAGACCCCCAUUACAGAACAUUUGAUGGGAGGUAUUACGACUUCAUGGGCACUUGUACAUAUACAUUGGUCACUGUAUGUGAAAAAUUUGGGGGUGCUCUUCCAAAUUUCACAGUUCUGACCAAAAAUGAGAAUCGUGGAAAUCUGCAAGUCUCCAUUGUGGGUCAGGUCACCUUUCAAGUAAACGACCAUGUGAUUGAUGUAAAGAAUUCAGAGACUGGCUACGUGAGGGUUGAUAAGUCUCGAUCCUUACUUCCAGUGUCUCUUAUUAAUGGAACACUGAGAAUAUUCCAGAGCGGGGACACAGCAGUCAUCCAAUAUGGGAAUGACAUCCAAGUUUCCUACGACUGGAACCAUGUUGUGAUAGUUGAGCUCAGUCUUCGCUAUGCUGAAGCUGUGUGUGGAAUGUGUGGAAACUACAACCAAAAUCCAUUGGAUGAUUUUCAGACUCAUAAUGGAUCUCAAGCAAAUGGUGUUGUUGACUUCGGCAAGAGCUGGAAGGUAGAAGACAACACAACAUGCUGGGACGAUUGCCAUGGUCAAUGUCUCAGUUGCCCCCCAAAUAUUGCAGAAAAGUACAAAUCUGACGAAUACUGUGGACUCAUAAAUAAACCUGGUGGACCCUUCAGUGAAUGUCAUUCAGUUGUUGAUCCAAAAAUGUAUUCUGAAAACUGUGUAUAUGAUGUGUGCUUCAAUGAUGGAUACAAACAGUUUUCAUGCCGAGCUCUGAAAGCAUUUGCAGAUACAUGCCAAAGGCAGGGUGUUAAUAUCAGUCAGUGGAGAGAGGCAGCUGGAUGCCCCUUCUCCUGCCCCAGUAACAGCAAAUACAAUUUCUGUGGAAGAGCAUGCCCCGCCACAUGUCAGGACCCAGAUGCAUCACUGUUAUGCACCGCCCCAUGUAUAGAGGCUUGUGAGUGCAACCCAGGCUAUGUUUUGAUAGAGGGAAAGUGCUUGCCUGUAGAAAGUUGCGGCUGCUUUUUUGAAGGACGAUCCUAUUCUGCCAAUGAGACAUUCUGGAGAGACACAAAAUGCCAGAUGAAGUGCACUUGCAAUGGGAGGAACCAAAGAGUAGUAUGCAAGGAGACCUCUUGUAGAUUAGGUGAAGAGUGCACUGUAAAAGGUGGCCUACGAGACUGUUAUCCAACUUCAUUUGGCACUUGCACCGCUUCUGGAGAUCCUCACUACUUUACAUUUGAUGGACUACAAUAUGAUUUCCAAGGGACCUGCCAAUACCAACUUUCAGCAUUAUGUAACCAUAGCCGUGGCCUUACUGAUUUCCAGGUCAAUGUUGAGAACCAGAACAGAGGAGACUUUCGAUAUUCAUUUGCUACAAAUGUUUUUGUCAAGGUUUAUAGUACAGAAAUCCAUAUUAGCAUGCAACAGCCUCACCAAGUCAUGAUUGGUGGUUCUCUGAAAUAUCUUCCAUACAGUUCUUCAGAUGGCCAUAUCUCUUUGUACCAGAACCCUAGUUCAGCUGUGCUAAGCACUGACUUUGGGCUCACUGUCACCUUUGAUUGGGACAGUAUUGUAACAGUUACCAUCCCAGGCACAUAUAGUGGGGCAGUCUGUGGACUUUGUGGCAAUUUCAAUAAAGAUACAAAAGAUGAUUUGACCUCAAGAAAUGGAUCAGUUUCAGAGUCAGCAAUCGCCAUUGCUCAGACCUGGAAAGUUGGAGGAACAGCUGGUUGCAGUGAAGGUGGCAAUCCAAUUUGUGUUGGGUUAGAUGAACUGCGAAAGAAACAGAGGAAUGGAAACACUGAAUGUGGUGUUUUGCUAGGACGAGGAGGACCUUUUCGUGACUGCCACAGACUGGUGAAUCCAGAACCAUACUUUGAGAGUUGUGUUUAUGACUAUUGCAUGCUACAAAGCCGUCAAACUGUCUUCUGCUCAGUUUUGUCAUCCUAUGCCCAAGCGUGCCAGUCAGCUGGAGGCACUGUCUACCCAUGGAGGAAUAAAGAUUUUUGCAAUUAUCUCUGCCCUGCGAACAGUCAUUAUGAAGUGUGUGGUAAUGCCUGUCCUGUGACUUGUAAAGAUCUGAUUUCUCCAGUUGGCUGCAAGUCCACUUGUAGAGAAGGAUGUGUCUGUGAUGCUGGGUUUGUCCUUAGUGGUGGUUCAUGUGUCCCCAUCUCCCAAUGUGGUUGUGUUUAUGGAGGUUUUUACCAUCCUGUUGGAGAGAAUAUCUACACUGGGGAGAAAUGUGAACAGAGAUGUACCUGCAGCCAAGGUGGACAUAUGAUUUGUUCCCCAUCAUCUUGUUCUAUCAAUGAAGAAUGUCGUCAAGAAAAUGGUGUGCUUGGUUGUUAUCCUGUAGGGUCAGCCAUCUGCUCUGCUUCUGGAGACCCUCAUUACAGGACCUUUGAUGGACGAGCCUAUGACUUCCAAGGAGUGUGCCACUAUGUGCUGGCUCAGAGCUGUGGAGGAAAUGUUUCUGAAACUGAAAGAAAUUUAACUGAAUUUGUAGUUAUUACGAAAAAUGAUCAUUUUGGCAUAAGUGCAUCAGUAGUCAGCCUUGUAACAGUGAAGGUCUAUGGCCAAACACUUACCCUCAAACAAAAUCAAGGAGGAGUUGUACAAAUAAAUGGAGCUGAUGCCAGUCUGCCAGUCACUUUAUUGUCGGGUAAAAUUCUUGUUCAUUUCUAUGGUCAAGGAGCUGUCAUAAUGACAGAUUUCGGCCUUGUUGUGACAUAUGAUCUUUCUUACCACACCACCGUCACGGUUCCUGGCAACUAUAGAAACCAAACAUGUGGUCUGUGUGGAAAUUACGAUGACAACUCCAUGAAUGAUGUUGGUCUAACAUCAAAUGAUAUUAUUGCAUUUGGAGAGAGGUGGAAAACAGAAGAGAACUGUGAAGCCGGCUGUGGCAGCGUGGAGAACCCUUGCCCAACAUGCCAAGGAGCGAAGAUGAAAGUAUUUUCUCAAAUCAAUUAUUGUGGAAUCCUUAAUUCCUCCACAGGACCUUUUGCCCAAUGUCAUUCUGUUGUGGACCCUGCACCUUUCCUAAAAGACUGUAUAUUUGACUUGUGCCAAGCAAAUGGGGAUACCGUCAUGCUUUGUAACAAUGUUGCUGUUUAUGCUGCCGCUUGUAAGGAAGCUGGAGUCAGAAAUAUAACAUGGAGGACAGAAUCAUUUUGUGAUAUGAAGUGCUCGGCACACAGUCACUACAGCCCAUGUGCCGAUCUCUGCGUCUCCAGUUGUGCGUCUCUCUCUGGCUCAUACCACUGCCCCAGUCUUUGUGAGGAAGGAUGUGAAUGUGAUAGAGGAUAUUUAUUUGAUGGCACUCGCUGCGUCCCAUUGCAAGAGUGCGGAUGCUAUCAGAAUGGAAGAUAUUACAAGCCAAAUGAAACAGUGCUACAUGAGAACUGUAGUUCUGUUUGUACUUGCAACCCAAUCUCAGGGCUGUUUUGCCGUAACACUGCCUGUAAUAAAGAUGAGCGUUGUCAGAUUGUGGAUGGCGUAAGAUCCUGCAUCAAUAUUGACCCCUGCAAGUCUAAAACCUGCCGUCCUAUGGAAACCUGUAAAGUCCAAGAUGGAAAAGCCGUGUGUCUUUCCAAUUUAAUUGGAACCUGCAUAGCCUGGGGAGACCCACAUUAUGUCACUUUUGACUCCUAUAAUUUUGAUUUCCAAGGAACAUGUACUUACACACUAGUCAAUUACAUGGGAAGAGACUCUAGCCUGGUACCAUUCCAUAUUGUAGCCAAAAAUGACAACAGAGGCAGCCAAUCCGUGUCUUAUGUCAGACUAAUAAAUGUCAUGAUCUAUGAAAGAAAUAUAAGCAUCCGAGUUGGAGAAGUCGGCAAAAUACAUGUUGAUGGCAUCCUAACCAAUCUGCCUUUCACUCUGAGAGACGGGAAGGUGAAAGUGAGCCAAAGCGGUAGCAGCGCGGUUCUGGAAACUGAUUUUGGACUUGUUGUGAAAUAUGACUGGAACUGGUAUUUGACCAUUAAUCUCCCCAGUAGCUACCACAACAGUGUUUCUGGCCUUUGUGGGAACUUCAAUGGAAAUCGCAGUGAUGAGCUAAUAUCACCCAAUAACACGCAAAUGACCUCCAUAAACGAAUGGGCAGGAAGCUGGAAAGUUGACGAUGGAGACCAAUUCUGUUGGGACUACUGCUCUGGAAAUUGCAAGCGAUGUGAAGAAAGCAAGAAGCGCCAGUAUGAAAGUGAAGCAUUCUGUGGUCUAAUACUCAGAGAGGACGGGCCAUUUAGAGAUUGUAUUAAGAAUGUCUCUCCUAAAAACUUCUUUGACAGUUGCGUUUAUGAUGUCUGUUUGAAUGAUGGAGCCCAAGUUAUCCUUUGUCAAGCUCUCGAUGUCUAUGCAAGUACUUGUCUGAAACAUGGCAUUAACAUUUCUGAUUGGAGAACGCCUUCUUCCUGCCCUAAGAAAUGUGGAGAGAACAGUCACUAUGAAGCUUGUGGAAAUUCUUGUCCGGCCACCUGCUCAGAGAGAAAUGCGCCCAAACAAUGCAAAAAGCCCUGUGUCGAAACAUGUCAAUGUAAUGAGAACUUUGUCCUCAGUGUUGACAAAUGUGUCCCUAUAUCAAGAUGUGGCUGCAACUUUAAAGGGCAGUAUUAUGAGCCUAACCAAGAGUUCUGGGCAGAUAAAUGCGGCGAAAACUGCAAAUGUGACCCCAUUUUGGGAAUGGUUGUUUGCCGCCAAGCAAGUUGCAAAGUCAGUGAAACAUGCAAAGUGGUGAAUGGAAAGUACGGCUGUUAUCCUAAACAAUACACCACCUGUACUGCAUCAAAUGACCCUCAUUAUACAACAUUUGACAGACACAGGUUCAAUUUCAUGGGUACCUGCAUCUAUCAGAUGGUUGGAGUGGUGUCUAAUGAUUCAACCCUCACAAGUUUUACAGUUAAUGUUCAGAAUGACAACCGUGGCAACAAGGCAGUGUCCCACACCAAAGAUGUCAUAUUGGAGGUCUACAACUAUACAAUAAGUAUGAGCAAAGACUUCCCAAGGAAAAUUAAGGUCAAUGGGAUUUUGACUGAAUUACCUUACUAUUAUGAAACAACAAAGAUCAUUGCCUACAUCAGUGGGGGCCACGUGUUCGUCAAAACAGAUUUUGAUGUAACUGUGACCUUUGAUGGAAACAGUUAUGCCAGAGUGAUUUUGCCAAGCACCUAUGUUGGUGCAGUGAAUGGUUUGUGUGGCAACAACAACCAAAACCCAUUGGAUGAUUUCACAGUUGGAGAGGGAAUGGUGGCCAAAACUGCAGAUGAGUUUGGAAAUCAUUGGAAAGUGGGGGAAGUACCGGGAUGCUCAAAUGAUUGUCCUGAGUGUCCUAAGUGCACUCAAAGGGAACUGGAGCCAUAUAGAAGUGAAAAGUACUGUGGGCUCCUUUCAAGUAUUAAUGGGCCUUUCAGUCGUUGCCAUGCAGUGAUAGAUCCUAAACCUUAUUUUGAGGACUGUGUUUUUGAUACUUGCCAAUAUAAAGGUCACCAGACCUCCUACUGCAACAAUAUUGCAUCCUAUGUCUUUGAAUGUCAGAGAAAAGGCGUCAACAUCAUAAACUGGAGGACACCAUCCUUCUGCCCAAUGAGUUGCCCAUCGUAUAGUCACUAUGAGCUUUGUGGAAACGGAUGUCCCAGCACUUGCCAUGGACUUACCUCUCCCCGAUCCUGUGAAAAAACCUGCACGGAAGGAUGUUACUGUGACAGUGGGUUCCUUCUCAGUGGAAAAGAAUGUGUUCCUAUUGCUCAAUGCGGCUGUGUAUUUAAUGAAAAGUACUACAAAUCAGGGGAAGAAUUUUACCCUGACGGCCAGUGCCAGAAGAAAUGCAAAUGUAGCAAUAAUGGAGAAGUCAUUUGCCAAAGCAAUCAAUGUGGACCUAAUGAAGAGUGCAGUGUGGUUCAAGGGGUUCUAGGCUGUCAUGCAUCCCAUUUUGGCCAAUGCACAGCUUCAGGAGAUCCCCACUAUUUGACAUUUGAUGGUGUCCGGUAUGACUUUCAGGGAACGUGCACCUACAUACUAGUUCGAGUAGAUACCAACAGUACAACUUUCUCUGUGACAGUCGAUCAUGAACCCUUUGGAAAUAGAAAUGUGGCCGUCACCAAGUCAGUCACUGUGGCUACUGGAGAUCUUACCAUUCGCUUGGAAAGAGGUGGCUUGGGGAGCAUUGUGGUCAACAAUGAAAGACACAACCUUCCUUAUCGAUCCACUGAUGGUCAGGCCUGGCUCAACCAAGAGGGAAACAAUGUGAUUCUACAGAGCAAGAUUGGUCUAAGACUUCUCUUUGAUCGAAUAUACUUUGUUUCCGUCUGGGUUCCCAGCUCAUUUGCUGGAAUAACUCAAGGACUUUGUGGCAAUUUUAACAGUAAUAUGUCGGAUGACUUCCAGCUUCCCAAUGGCAGCCUUGCUAUAUAUCCAGAUCACUUUGGUUCUUCCUGGGCUGUAGCCAAAGAUGGAUCAAGCUGCGGUGGUUGCUCAGCAGGGCAAUGCCCAGUCUGCGAUCCACUUCAGAAAAAACUGGCUAAUUCACCUUCUAAGUGUGGACUUCUAGCAGAUCCUAAGGGUCCAUUCAGAGGCUGCCAUGCAUUACUGCCCCCUGGUGGGCACGUUGAGAACUGUGUCUAUGAUGUGUGUGCUGGCAAUGGAGGCAAGGAUGUUCUAUGCAUGAGCCUACAAGCCUAUGCUGCAGAAUGCCAGUCUAUGGGAGCCCUACUUGGUACAUGGAGGAACGCUACAAACUGCACCCUUGAGUGCCCUGUCAACAGCCAUUAUGAACUGUGCACCCGGACUUGUGAUACGACUUGCUAUGGCAUCUCUGCACCCAGUUCUUGCACCGACAAAUGCUUUGAGGGCUGUGAAUGUGAUGCCGGUUACGUCUUUGAUGGGCACCGAUGUGUGAGCCUCAAUAACUGUGGCUGUGCCUACAAAGGAAGAUAUUUAAAGGCAGAUGAAUCCUUUAUAUCAGAGGGCUGCCAGCAGAAUUGUACCUGUCAGGGAGGACUUGUAUCUUGUACAGAAUCAAACUGUUCGGCUAAUGAGAUUUGCCAGCUGAGAGAUGGGCUGCGUGGUUGUUACUCACUGGAUUCUGAAUGUACCAUAAGCCAACAACUUCAUUUUACCACCUUUGAUGGCGUCUCUGGUGCUUUCCCACAAGAGGGGGCAUUUAUUUUAGCCUCGUCUUGUAAUCAGACAACGGAUAAGAAGUUUAUGGUGACAAUGGUUGGAAGUAAAUGCACUGGAGGCAUUAAAAGAGGAACAGCACUGCAUGUUUUCAUACCCCAAGGGCUGAUCACAGUGAAUGGGAAGAGGGAAUGCUGGCUGAACGGAUGGAAGGUGCAACCUCCAACUGUCAUUGGAAAUAAUUCUGUGCAGGUUCUGGUUUCCAAUGGCAAAGUGACAAUUUCAAUUGUUGACCACAUCACAGUAGUUUUAGGUGAAGAAGGUGAAGUUACAUUGAUUGCUAAAGAGAAGAUAUCUGGAGAAAUAUGUGGAGCUUGUGGGAAUUUUAAUCGAGUUGCAAUCGAUGACCUAGUCCUAAAUAAUGGACACGCAGCAAGCAGCAUGACUCAUGCCAUUCAGUCCUGGACAGCCAGUCACUUCUCAACAUGCCCAUCGUGAGAUGUUUUGGUUCCAAACACAACGACUUUUUACUCAACUAUAUCUGAAUAUAAAUUCCUAAUUUUGAUUAAAUCUAUUUUUUUUGUGUGUCUGAAUGUAUUAGUGGAACAGUGGAAACAAAAAAGGAAAGUUCUAGGAUCCAAGGUCAUUGCGGUACAAAAAGUUCAUAAAAUAUAUCUUUCAGCAUGAGGACUAAGUAAUGAUGAUUGAGGCGGAUGAAUAUCUGAGCUUUGCCAUGAACCUUACUCAGUCAAUGAUAUGCGCAAGAGAACUUUUGGUUUAUAAGUUGGUGUUGGUCUUUGUAUUAAUCAAUACAGUAUAUUAUAUCACCAAGUAUUGUAAAUGUAACUAAUUCAAUGUAUACAGUGCACUGUGUUUCGUGUAAAGGGUUUUUUUUAUAUAUAUAAGCAUCUUCUCUUUUUAUUGCAAGCAAAAAAUGAUCAAUAACAGAAACACUGAUGACGAUGGAAAGGGGAAAGUGGUCUAACUGUGAAUUUAACCAAAACUGCAGAGUAUCAAAGGCUUAUUUAUAUACAUAGCAUGAUACAAUGGCAAUGGCACACACUCUUUCAAAGUUGUAAAGUCCAAAGAAAAAUAUAUUAAAAUCAAUGUUUUUGUUGCUUA